AUGUCGGCCUCGCCACCAGGCUCGCCGUCUGGAUUCGUAUCUAGCUCAGCCGCCGACGAGAGGAUACGCGCAUCCGAAAAGCCAACAGUCGACCUAGACCCUUUCGCGCCCGACGAAAACGAGCUUGAUCCACCACUAUCCGCCAUUCAGACCGCCGAUCUCGAAACACCGCCUUUUCCUACAGCUCCUCGACUGGAUGCUUGGUCGCCUCGCAACUACUCGACUAUCUCCUCUCUGGCCGGCUCGCGAGAGCUCGGUAGGCCCGCCCUGGAUCCCACAACCAAUGCCGACAUUGCAAGUCCGUCCAUCUCGGUCCUUCUCCACAAUGCAGCAUCAGCGAGCUCUCGACAUCCGGCAAUGUCGACCUCUGCUUCUGAUUUGGAUGCGAUGCAGUCGAGCAUUGCCGACGUCGCUUUCCAUGCAGAACCACAGGGCCUGAUGCAGAUGCUCAGCCUCGUCGGAAGCACAUUCCUCGAGGCUGACAGAGAAGGCUAUACCGAAGACGAUGCAGAGGAUGCGAACAUUGCAGACCAGCCACACAAUGAAGCCUUGUUGAACGAGCACGAGGAUCGACGCGAGACGAGAGCACCGGCAGACGAACUUUCAGCGCAACAGCUUGACCUUCGGCGGCAGAGCUUUGAUCGCACAGCCAAGGGACGUUUGCAGGCUUUGACGCGAGACGGAACGUCCGACGAUGUCUCCACGCCGCAAGGCAGCAACUCGCCUUUGGAUGGCUCGGUGGCCACCAUCGGCCCUGGUCCUAGUCGGCAGAAGCGCAUCUCGCUCACCCAGAGCGACAUCAUCCCAUCGUCGCGGGAUUCGACCUUGAGCCGAGGUGUCAAGAAACCAUCCAACCUCCGAUCUCAGCUCCACACCGCAACGUCUGCGUCCGUCGCUUCCUCCGCUUCCGGUAUCGAUAACAACGACGAUGCUCAGGAUAAUGGCAAACAUCAGAGUGGCACGAACCCCUUUGACCAAGAUCCAACAGACGCACAUAGCACAUCCCUGCAGGAUCAGCACAAUCUCUCGGAAGCAGAGCAGAGAACCGAUCACGGCUCAAUUCAGCACUUGAUACGACCGUAUCUUGAUCCGCGGCCCCCAACAGAGCCUGAGUUUGACAACGUCGAACUGGACCACGACCGCCUCCUAAGGCAGCUCAAGGAUAUCUUCCAGCUGGAUGCGGCCGAGACGCUUCUGCUCGCCCAGCCUUGUUGGCUCUUCAGAUCACUGCUACUCCAAGGUCACUUAUAUCUGACGAGCAGCCACGUAUGCUUCUAUGCAUACCUUCCUUCGCGCGAUGAAAAGACGAUCAGGACCGGCAUGUUGGGCAAGCGCACUCGCAGAACACAUCGUUUCAGCAAACACUGGGCAUCGCUCAAAGGCGGCAAGCUCAGCUGGUUCGGCAAUGACAGGGAUCCCUACUUCCCGCAAGGACACAUCGACCUGCGCAAGGUCUCUGCGAUCGAGCCUUCCGACAAUCACACGGACCAUUUCAAGGUGACCACACCAGCGCGCAAAUUCACGUUCCUGACCGAGGACGAAGCAAGUAGGGACGCCUGGAUCGCAUCUCUACAAAAGGAAACCUUCCGCGCGCAGAACCAAGGCGAAAGCGUGCGCAUCAGCAUCCCGCUCGAGACUAUCAUGAAUGUCGAAACCACCUUGUCCGUCGACAGCACAGAGAUGGUCUGCAUCACUGUCGUCGACGAGGCUGGCGACUUUUCGAUCGACGAAUACUACUUCCUGCAUCUCACGAAGCCGAGCGCCUUUGUCUCGGGCCUCAACGCGCUUCUAGACCAAGCCGGAAAAGGCUCGGUCUCGUCCUUGCAGGCUGGCGAGGCAGGUCUCAGCUUCUCCAAGUUGAGCAUCCGCGACUCGACUGGAGCCGCCCAUGCCUUGACGGCUUCUCGCAAGUCGCUGGAAGAGGUGCCGACACUACCUAGGGUACGUGUUGCCCAGCUCGCAGAGGCAGCAGAUCCCGAGGCCUACCAGAAUAAAACCUCCCGCAUCGACGCUACAGGUGCUCCGGAUUCCAGUCCGAGGCAGAGUAAAGCCAUCUCGGGCGAAUCUGCCCCAACGGCUGCCAUGGCUGUACCAAUGGGCAAGCGACGUGAAUCGCAAGAUGGCUCCAACGACGCGAUCCUAUCUUCAACGCCGCGCGCUGCGCUCCUGAAUCGCCUUUCCAUGGAAUCAUCCCACACAUAUCCGCCUUCGCCGUCGGUGUCCGAUCCACCGUCGAUGUUCGGCCAGGUUCAGAAGGAAGCCGACAGAGGAUGGGCGAUUCCUGACUGGCUGAAGCAAGCGCCCGCCAUGGUAUUGGGACGCGCCUCCGAGAGCAGCUCGACAGAUACCCGAGCAGAGGCGACCACCAGCGGGACGGGCACCAGAAGGCACCGCAAAGUGCUUGAGAAGUGGUCGGACGAGAAGAGCGCCGACGAUGUCAGCCGAGGCGAAUCGAGCAACACCGACACGGAGGACGAUCAGCUGUCGCAGUCGAUCUAUUCAACGCAGUCCGCUUACUCGAUGCUUGACACAGAGGAGGAAGCGAUGGAAGCAAGCAGCCAUACCAACAUUGCUGCAGAGUUCCGAGACACCUUCGGCAUCGGAGAGGACGAGGGCCUCAUUGGCCACACACAUGCCUACCUCUAUCGAGUCUUGCCCGUAGCUGGCAGAUUCUUUGUCGCCGAGCAUCACCUUGCGUUCCGCUUUUCGGGCAUUGCGGCAAAGACGGUGGGGCGAACGCUCAUGCUGGUGCCUCUGCAAGAUGUCAUCUCUGCGGCCAAGCAUGUUGCCUUUCGACCUGGUCACCACGGCAUGGUCAUCAACAUUAGCGGCCACGAAGAGCUCUUCAUCGAGAUCUCGUCGGCCCAUCGGCGCGACGAGCUACUGUCAUUGAUCGAGUACCAGCUCGAGCUGGGAAAGGGAGGACGAGGAAGUCGAGCCUCCCGUGAGGCAGCAACUCGCGAGCGAUCCAACGCGCUCGUGCUUCGCGACCUCAGCGAAAGAAUCAACGACGGUCUGGCAACGGAUUCAAUGACUUCGUCGGCCGAUUCCUCGUCGCUUUCGCAAACGGGAUCGAAGAUGGGCAGCAAAUCGGGCAACCUAUCUCAAAUUGGCGAAGGUUCCAGCAUUCUGUCCUUCGCUCCAACCACGCCACUCACGUUCACCAUGCUGACCAUCGGAUCGAGAGGCGAUGUCCAGCCUUACAUUGCGCUUGCCAAAGGACUGCAAGCCGACGGGCACCGUGUCAGGAUCGCGACGCACGCCGAGUUUGGUGACUGGAUCCUUGGCCAUGGCAUCGAGUUCAGCGAAAUUGGUGGAGACCCCGCCGAGCUGAUGCGGAUCUGCGUCGAAAACGGCACCUUCACCGUCUCUUUCCUCCGCGAAGGUGUCACCCGAUUCCGCGACUGGCUCGACGACCUCCUCGCAUCCGCCUGGCGCGCUUGUCAAGGAUCCGACGUGAUCAUCGAAUGUCCCAGCGCCAUCGCAGGUAUUCAUGUCGCCGAAGCGCUGCAAGUGCCCUACUUCCGGGCUUUCACCAUGCCCUGGACGCGCACCCGCGCGUAUCCGCAUGCUUUCGCCGUACCUAACAAGAAGGCGGGCGGCAACUACAACUACAUGUCCUACGUCAUCUUUGAUCAGAUGUUCUGGCGCGCCUCUUCAUUCCAAAUUAAUCGGUGGCGCAAGAACCUACUCGGUCUCAAGCCAACCAACUUUGACAAGCUCGAGCAGCACAAGGUGCCGUUCAUCUACAACUUCAGCCCCAGUCUGGUGCCACGACCCCUCGACUGGUUCGAAUGGAUUCACGUGACAGGGUUCUGGUUCCUCGACAACCCGGACAACUCGUCGAGCAAGAAGUGGGAGCCGCCUGCGGACCUGGUUGCGUUCAUCCGGCGGGCGAGGGAGCGCAAGCGCAAGCUGGUAUACAUCGGCUGGGGCUCAAUCGUUGUGCCAGACGCUGAAGCUAUGACGCGAUGCGUGCUGCAGGCGGUCCAGAAAAGCGGCGUCUGCGCGAUCCUCUCCAAAGGCUGGUCCGACCGGCUCUCUGCCAAAGGCUCGACAGCUGUCGACGCUGCCGCGGCGGAAGACGUGUUCCAAGUGACAUCGGUGCCGCACGACUGGCUGUUCCCGCAGAUCGAUGCGGCGUGCCAUCACGGCGGAGCCGGCACACUCGGCGCCAGUCUCCGCGCCGGAUUGCCAACAGUGGUGAAGCCGUAUUUCGGAGACCAGUUCUUUUGGGGCCAGCAGAUUGAGAGUCUUGGUGUGGGCAGUUGCGUGCGCCAGCUGACAGCGGACGGGCUAGCGGCGGCGCUGGUGAUGGCCACGACAAACACCAAGCAGAUCGAGCGGGCGAGGAAGCUGGGCGAGCAGAUCAGGAGCGAGGAUGGAGUGGCGAAUGCGGUCAAGGCGAUCUACAGGGAUCUCGACUACGCGAGGAGCCGGGUGAAGAGGGAUACGCGGAUCGAGGGAGUACGGUCAGCGACACAGGCGAAACAGGGUAGCGCUGCGAGCACGGUCGGGAGUGGGCCGACACAGCAAGAGUCGGAGGAAGACGAGGAGGAGGAUGCGGGAAACAUCUCGGAUGAGUGGUCGGACAUUGGCGGUUCCGGACGGCUCGAUCCCGGCGCUUCCACUUUCCUCAGCUGA